GACGAGAGAGAAACAUCAAAAUUUGACCUUUUCAAAGCUGAUGGAAGCCAACUUCCUCAUGGGUUCCGAGAAUUUUCCCUUGCCUUGCAACUAUCUAAGUAUUAAAAGCAGCUUAUGGAAAAACCUAGAUAGAUACAUAAAACGAAGAAAAAAUAUACUGUAUAUCGUAGCGCACAAGUAUGUGGAAGUUGCGAAACAAAGAAGUUGCCUGUAGCGACGCACCACUGUUGCGGCUCCUCCCAAGAUGAAACAAAGUUCAAUGGUAGGAUCUGGGUCGGAGACGACGUUAACACCAUUAUUCCACACAAUAUGCAACCAUCGGUCACAGCAGAAGCUCCCAACUCUGUUUCCGUUGACGCAGUUCCAUUUGUCUCUGCACGCUUUUUCCGUUCCAAAUUCACAUACUCCUUCCGUCUCAAAACUAAUGGCCCAAAGUUUGUUAGGCUUCACUUUUAUCCCACAACUUAUAAUGAUAACUUUGAGGCCUACAACUCUCUUUUCUCUGUUACAGCAGCAGGCUUCACCCUUCUCAAAGACUUCAACGCUUCGCUUUGGCUUCUUAGCGACACGAAGACAGUCUCCAUAGAAUUCUGCAUCAACGUUGAAUCUGGUGAGAGACUCAACAUAACCUUCAUUCCCAGCACAAAUCAUCAUAAUGCUUAUGCUUUCAUCAACGGGAUCGAGGUGGUGUCCAUGCCUCCAUUUCUAUAUUACACAGAUCUAUCCAACGACACGGGGUUUGAGCAAGUGGGUAGUGAAGGGACCUUACCCUACCAGCUUGGAAGUGGAAACGCUCUGGAGACACUUUACAGAAUCAAUGUUGCCGGCAUUCAGGUUCCACCAAGUAGUGAUACUGGAAUGUUCCGGGAUUGGGAGACCGAUUAUCCGGGCUACUUGGAGAAGAGGUAUCCUCAUAGCGAAGAAGACAUCUAUGGAAAUCUGACAAUAAACUACUUAGAUAACAAGGUUCCAAAUUACAUUGCACCGGAACCUGUAUACAAAACUGCUCGAACUUACGGUUUUAAUGCGACUGAAAAUUAUAAUGUAACUUGGAACUUCCAAGUAGACUCACAGUUUCUUUACAUGGUCAGGUUACAUUAUUGCUCAUGGGACGAAAAUAUCCAGACAUAUGGAGAUUUGGUUUUCCAGAUCUUUAUUGCUGAUAUUAUGGCUGAGCAAGGCUUCAGUGUGAUUCGCUUGACAGGCGGUAGACUUGUUCCUGGUCAUAAGGACUACGCUGUGUUCAUUCCUGGCAAAAAUGGAAUUUCCGAGAAGCUUAUUCUUUCAAUCAAGCUGCAACGCAUGCGACAGGGUCAUGGAACUAGCAUCAGCGAUGUCCUAUUGAAUGGAAUCGAGAUUUUCAAAAUAAGUGACGGUAGUAAUAAUCUCGCUGGACCCAAUCCCGACCCAGUUCUGUUUUUAUCUCCCAAGUCGCCACCAUUCCCCCAAUCUUCUAAAACAUCAAAGGAAAAAAUCAGCAUAGUUGUCAUUAUUGCUGUGGUUGCAGCAGUAAUUAUAUGCCUCAUGCUAGCAUCUAUUAUUGGAGUCAUCAUUUUCAGGAGAAGAAGGAGGAGUUUUGGCAAGAAAGGAAGCACUAAAAAAGAAGGGUCGUCGUCACUGCCAUCACACCUCUGCCGCUACUUUACAAUCGCAGAGAUCAGAGCUGCCACAAACAACUUCGACGAUGUGUUCAUCGUCGGAGUUGGAGGGUUCGGCAACGUUUACAAGGGAUACGUCGACGACGGUGCAACCCCCGUCGCCAUCAAGCGUCUCAAACCCGGUUCUCAACAAGGAAUCACCGAGUUCCUUAACGAGAUCGAUAUGCUUUCCCAGCUCCGGCACCUUCAUUUGGUGUCCCUCAUUGGUUACUGCAACGACGGCGUAGAGAUGAUCCUUGUCUACGACUUCAUGCAACGUGGCACUCUCCGCGAGUAUCUCUACGGUUCAGAUAACAACCCUCUUCCUUGGAAGCAGAGGCUCGAAAUCCUAUUGGGCGCAGCAAGAGGGCUGCAUUAUCUCCAUGCAGGUGCGAAGCACAAUAUCAUCCACCGUGACGUCAAGAGCACAAAUAUCUUACUGGACGAGAAAUGGGUGGCCAAGGUUUCCGACUUUGGAUUAUCCAAAGUAGGACCCACCGGGACUUCCCAAACCCACGUCAGCACCAUGGUUAAGGGUAGCCUUGGGUAUUUAGACCCUGAGUACUACAAGCGUCAACGCUUGACUUUAAAAUCUGACGUGUACUCUUUCGGUGUGGUCCUUCUUGAGGUAUUGUGUGCGAGGCCGCCUUUGAUCCGCAACGUGGACAAGCACAAGGCCAGCUUGGUUGACUGGGUAAGAAAACUGAAUGAUCAGGGCAAGCUCGAUCAUACGGUGGAUAUUUUCUUGAAAGGCUCAAUCACGCCAGAGUGUUUGAAAUGGUACGGUCAAUUGGCGAUGAGUUGUUUGCAUGAUGAUGGAAAUCAACGGCCAUCGAUGAAUGAUGUGGUGGGGGCACUCGAGUUUGCAAUGCAGUUGGCCGAAGGCGACAAAGAUAAUAGUUUUGGUGGGGCCCAAGAUAAGGAAAAGGGCGCGGAGAGCCCGUUGAUACCGCAGCUUACGAGUGAUGAAGGGAGUGACGUGCUUUUUACUAGUGAUGAAUCCGGGACCAAGGAUAGUAGGGUCACCACGAUUUCGGGUAGUAGUGAGGAACGUGCUAUGAUUUCUGGUCUGGUCUUCUCUGAAAUUGGAGAUCCAAGAGCAAGAUAAAAUCUACUACUUGUUUCAAUAAUAAUGCUGAUGGGAAUUGUCCUUGUUAAAUAUAUACAUAGCUAGGUAAAAUGUUGUGUUUGUUAUUGUUGUAAGUUAGAAUCUUACUUUCUGUUAGAGAAAAUUUAAAGGCCAGCAGAUUUUGUGUUUUUUAGCCAUUAAUUAGUUAUAAUAAUAUUUUUAAUGGUGUGAGAUUACAUCUAAUAGUAUAGAA